CAGAGAUACAUGUGACUAAAACAGUUUCUCAAGAUCAGGUACGAAAAAGAAAAGUUGGUCAGGCGUCAAAUUUAGGAGGAAAUGGCUUCAAAAUCAGAAGAGGACUAUUCCUGUCCUGUGUGCUUUGACAUCUACAAGGAUCCUGUCCUCAUGUUGUGUAGUCACAGUGUGUGUAAAGUCUGCCUGCAGCGGUUCUGGGAAGCCAAAGAAUCCAGAGAGUGUCCAGUCUGUCGGAAACAAAGUCCAAUGGACCCUCCACCUAACCUGGCUCUAAGGACCCUGUGUGUGGCGUUCUUACAGGAGAGAAAUCAGAGAGCUGCAACAGGCUCUGAUGUGUUUUGCCAUCUGCAUAAUGAGAAACUCAAGCUCUUCUGUCUGAAGGAUAAACAGCCUGUGUGUGUGGUGUGUCGAGACUCCAAAAAACACAUUGGCCAUAAGUUCCACCCUAUAGAUGAGGCAGCCCUUGACAGCAAGGAGGAACUGAAGAGUAAACUGCCACUCUUACGGAAAAAACUGAUGGCCUUUAAAAAGGCAAAGUUAAACUGUCUUGAAACAGCAGAGCACAUUGAGACUCAGGUCCAAGACACAGAAAAGCAGAUCAUGCAGGACUUUGAGAAACUACACCAGUUUCUACAAGAUGAAGAGAAAGCCGUGAUAGCUGCACUAUGGAACGAAGAAGUGCGGAAAACUCAGAUGAUGAAGAAGAAGAUUGAGAAGAUGAACAGAGAGAUCUCAUUUCUUUCAGAGACCAUCAGAAGCAUAACAGAGAAGAUGGGAGCUGAUGAUGUCACAUUCCUGCAGAACUACAAGAGCACAGUGAAAAGAGCCCAGUGCACACUGCAGGAUCCAGAGAGGGUUUCAGGAGCUCUGAUCAAUGUGGCAAAACACCUGGGCAACCUGAAGUUCAGAGUCUGGGAGAAGAUGCAGAAGAUUGCUCAGUACACUCCUGUGACUCUGGAUCCCAACACCUCAAGCACAGAUUACAUCCUGUCUGAUGAUCUGACCAGUAUAAGAUGUAAGAGGCAGCAGCUUCCUGAUAACCCAGAGAGGUUUAAAGCAUUUCCCUGUGUCCUGGGCUCUGAGGGCUUUGACUCAGGGACUCACUGCUGGGAUGUUAUGGUUGGAGACAGUACAGGCUGGGAGGUGGGUGUAAUGACAGAAUCAUCCCAGAGAGAAGGAACAUGUUUGUCUGACAAACGUCCCCUUGAAUUGUUAGACAGAAUGUCUAGAAAAGAAUGCUGGUUUGUUCAUUGUGAUCAAGGUCGGGCAAGUUUGCAAAGGAUGAAUCAUACACAGUCAUAUAAUUGCCACAAGGAGAACCCACAGCCAACGAAGAUUAGAGUGCAUGUGAACGGAAGAGAGGUGUCAUUCUAUGAUCCAUUGAAUAUUAAACAUCUCUGCACUUUUCAGAUUUUCACAGGGACACAGAAAAGUAUACAUAGAAGUUUAUAUGAUCAGGUGAAAGUGUUUCCAUAUUUUAAAACAACCUCUCGACUGGAGGUCUUGCCAGUGAAAGCCUCAGUAAUAGUAGAGCAGCUCAGACAAAUACUGCCAGACUCCCGCUGGACAAGGUAUCUGCAGAUUGUUGAUCAACAAAUUUAAUGACUUUUAAGACCUUUUUAAGACCUCUAAGAAUAAAAAUGAAGACCAUUACCACGGCAAAAUGAUAUAAUAACUACACUGUAAGCUAGUUGAGCAACAGUGCAAAUAGUCAGUGCAUAUUUUACCAACAUAGAGUGCAUGUCAGGCAACUGCCUUCUCAAUACUAAUAAUACUGUUAUAAAUAAUGUACAGUGCAGAAUCAAAUUAAAUUGCAAAUGACAAAUUAAACACGGUCCAAAAAAAGUCAGGAGUCCGGACUAGCUUUUUCUUAGUCCACUAUAGCACAAAAUGUAGGUGCACCCACAUUUUUCAUUGCAUUACCUUU